UCUGUCGGCUUGCACAGUGCAUUUGGAGCUUUACAAUUGAUUACGUAUCAGGAGUGUUUCGAUAUUGCCGCAUUCAUCUGCUCUGAAGCCGAAGGUCAUUAGAUUUUAGCCGGUAACGUUUUAUAAACCUUUUUGUAACAUCAACAUGGACAAUUUUGAUAACCUGAGCCCGUCGGAAAAGGCAGAGGCGACAGAGCUGCAGCGCAUGAUUGCCAUUGAGCAACAGAAAGCACAGUUUCAGGCACAGGUGCACAGCUUGACAGACGUCUGCUGGGACAAGUGUGUAGACACUCCAGGCUCAAAGUUAGACUACAGGACGGAGACGUGCUUAGUGAGCUGUGUGGAGCGAUUCAUCGACACCACUUUGACCAUCACCAACCGCUUCUCACAAAUGGUCCAGAAAGGAGCACAUUAACAAUGGACUAAAUCUGCUCUAAUAGGAGUUAUUGGACAGUUUGUUUCAUAACCUAUAUGUAAAAUAAAGAAGAAGAUCAUA